UUCCUGAAUCAAAACAAAAGCUGCGCUGUGCGCGGAGAUUUCCCCGGCAGCGGGAGCCACUCGGCAGGGGAAGGGAGCUCGGAGGGCUAGAAGUGAGGGUGAUAACAUCCAAACUGGCGGUGGUCGGAGCCUGAGGAGUCCCAAGAGCGGACAAAGUCCUUCCCGAGCUAAGCACCAUCAACGACCCGCCAUGUUCCGUGAAAUGGAAGAAGACCCCUUCUUCUCGGACCCUUUUCGUUCACAUCAGGAAAACCUCCGUCAGUUGAUGUCCAGUUUUCCAAUUCAACUGGAUCAAGAUUUCUUGGUGAAUUUCCCAGAUGACAGAGUUCCUCCUCAGACAUGCCCAAGGCAACAGAGCUUGACAGACAGGAACAAGCAUUCAGUAGUGGCAAGUAGCUCAGCAGAUCCUUUCAGCUCAAUGAUGGAAAAAAUGAGAAAAGAAAUGAUGGAAAUGCAACGCAGUAUUAAAAGUACAUCUGGGCACUCCAAAGAUGAUUCUUCAAGCACUUCCACUGUAAUGAGCUAUUCAAAAGUGGGAAAUGAACCUCCUAAAGUGUUCCAGGCUUCCAGUCAUGUACACAAUGUUCCUGGUGGAAUUAAGGAGACAAGACGGGCCAUAAAAGACUCUGAAAGUGGAAUUGAAAAAAUAUCAAUUGGCCAUCACAUUAAAGAUCGUUCUCAUGUCAUUCAGAAAGUCAGAAACCAGAAAACAGGUGAUGAAGAAGUCAAUCAAGAGUUUGUCAACCUAAAUGAAGAUGAUGCACACAGGUUUGACCAGGAAUGGCGGGAAAAGGUGUCAGAUUUUAUGCCUCUGGGAACACAAAUGUAUGGUCUUCAGGAUGUUAAAAAGGCCAUGGAAGAACCAAGGACAAAACAUUGUAAAAAACAACCUGUUUCAAACCUUACUCCUCCCCCUGCUUCUUGUGGCUGCCCUAGUACAAGUGCUGCUCCUACAGGAAUGAAAGCACCAUCAAAAUAUGGAAGAAAAUUUUUCUGAAACUGUUUGGCUCAGGCAAUUUCUGUGUGAUUAUACCAAGGCUUUGUUUUUUAACUUUUAAUUUAGUUCCUGUGGAAUAAUUCAGUUCACUUCCAGCUAGUUACCAUAGUUCCAUAAAUAGCAUUUCAUUUUUGUCAUCUUCAAGGGGCACCAAAUAAAGGAAGUGUAUUUUAUAGA